ACAGCCUUGUGGGGCGUGGCCCAGGUGAUCUCUAUUCACGCCUGAGUGGGCUCAUUGUCGGCCGCAGUGAAUCCAAAGUACAGUCGCAAUGGCAUUGAAUUAUACCGAUCGUUUGAAAUACCGGGCUUCAACGCUCUCUGCUGGAGAUGAACACCCGGAAGGAGAAGUUGCCGACCUCGAAAACCCAGGCUUGGGUCGGUUCGAUGCUCUGGAGCACUGGGGCUUGGAUGCGAACGAGAUCGACUGGGACCUUACUUUCCGGUAUCAGACGCCCGAAGUGGAAAGACCGGUGAAGAAGCAAAAGAAAAGCAGCACUAGCACCAGCUCGUUCUCGGAAGGAACCGAUGAUGAAGACCUGGGUUUCGAGUCGGAUCCCAACCCUAACUCAUCACAAGCCGGGCCAGCCGUCAUCGACCUCACCGCCGAAGAUUCGCUACUCGCGCAGAUAACGGACAUCUUCCCUGAGAUCAGCCAGAAAUAUGUGGAGGAUCUGAUCGACCGUCACGACGGUCCUUGGCAUAAUGGGCACGAUGGUACGAGGCAGCAGAUUAGGAUUGACCCCGAUAUUCUGAAGGAGCGAGUCAUCGAGGAGAUCUUGCAGAAUCCAUGCUAUCCCAAGCAGGACCGGCUGAAGCGAAAGAUUACCGAAACAAAAGGCGAUGAUAAGCAGUGGAUGGCUGAGAUCCCCAACCGGGGCAGUCCAUUGUAUCUCCAGCUAGCGACCACAAAACUGGCCCAUGAAUUUCUUUGGAUGCCCAUAAAUUACAUUCGACUGGAGGUGAAUGACAAAAAAGAGCUUUAUGCCGCCUAUUUGGCUUUGUUUGCUCAGGAAGAUGAUGCCAACAAUGGGUAUACGAAGCUAAAGCGUGAAAGACAGCCAGCCGCGGCAAAGCCCAAAAAUGACUUGGAGAGGUCUAUCAUAGACAAUUUGGAGCGGGAAUUGGAUGCCGCCAAGGAGGAAGCGGAGAAGCAGGCUGGUAAGGGAAGCACUACCGCAGGGCGACGUAGAUUGCUAACGAGUCCUCGCUCCAAAGCAUUUAUCCGAAAGCAGAAGGAAGAGGAGGAGGCAGAGCUCCGGAAUGAAGAAGAGCACAAAAAAGCGGGAACCCUCGUCGAGUGUCAAUGCUGUUUCGCCGAUGUCCCAGUCAACAGGGCCCUACCCUGCGAGGGGGGUGAAAUCCACUUCUUCUGUCAUACGUGCAUGCGCAAAACUGCGGAGACCCAGAUCGGGCUGAUGAAAUACAAGUUGCAGUGUAUGGACACCAGUGGCUGUCAGGAAAGCUUCUCCCGUACCCAGCUGGAGAAAGCCCUGGGCUCACCUUUGAUGAAGAAAAUUGAUUCCCUUCAACAGCAGGACGAGAUCGAACAGGCGGGCUUAGAGGGCCUCGAAGGUUGUCCCUUUUGUGACUUCAAAGCGAUCUGUCCGCCUGUGGGGGAGGAUCGCGAAUUCAGGUGCAGCAACCCCACGUGCGAAGUGACUAGCUGUCGCCUCUGUCAUCAAGAGAGCCACAUCCCCAAGACCUGUGAGGAGGCAAGAAAAGAAAGAGGGCUUCCGGAGCGCCAUCUCGUCGAAGAGGCCAUGAGUGAGGCUUUGAUUCGGAACUGCCCGCAAUGCAAAAUCAAAAUCGUAAAAGAAUCCGGUUGCAAUAAGAUGAUCUGCUCCAAGUGCGGUUGUGCCAUGUGCUACAUCUGCAAGAAGAACAUCACGGGUGAACAGUACCAGCACUUCGAACGCCCACCCACCUUCUGUCGUACACACGAUGGUGCAGCCGAGAACCGUUCACAGACGGAGAUAGAACAGGCUCAGAAGACGACUAUCGCAGGUAUCCUGGCGCAGAACCCCAACCUCACCGAAGAAGAGCUGCGUAUCCAUAAAGAUAAAGCGAAACAGGCAGCCCCAGGCCAUCAGCGCAACUAUCCUCCCCGCCAAUUUUUGGAUAAUUAUCGUGCCUACGUGGCAGGACCUCAGCGUGUGCCACAGCCUCCUGGGAACAACUACUAUCGACAUGAUGAACUGUAUAAUCCCCCUGCCUACCUUGAUAACAUUGGCACGCGAGGAGAAGCCAGGCCUAUUCCCCAGCCACGACGGGUGAAUAACCAAACAUACUAUCUGCACGCCCAGGCCCCUCAAGCUGCCGCACCGGCUAUACCUGUUGGGAACUUCCAAGGUAUACUGCCUGUCGGGGGCUUUCUUCGAAGAGAAGAGGAAUGGAGGGCAGUUUUGCCUCCACAGAUCCCAAAUAUCCCCUACUCACCGGUAUUAAUGCCACAACGACCCGGAGUUGCAAAUCAGGACGACAACAUCCAUUUCCCGACUUACGAUCAGCUAUGGUGAUCUUUUUCUUUUUCGAAUUCCGUCUGUUGACAUGGAAGAAACACCUGGGUGCCAGAGGCUCUUAUCAAAUUCGUCACAGUUUCCGCCAUAAUUUCCUCUCUGCUACCAACUCUGCCAUCUACUUCUUGACUUCGUCAUCUUCUUCUCCUCGUCCUUUUUUAUUCAGAGUGUUUUCCAGCGUUGGGUAGCGGAUUUGUUGCUCGUUCUUUU